AUGGCGGACCCUUUCGCCCAGAUAGGCAAUCAUCUAGUUUCAAACUCGGCCAAAGCCAUCAAUGCCGGCGCAGACGACUUGGAUCGCCUAGAACCAGACUCUGCCCUGCUUGGCCUCAAGGCAGGCGGCAGCCGAAUCCGAGCCGACGAUGACGACAACCAGAGAGAAGUCAAAGAUGACGAUGACAAUGAUAGUACCGAAAGCGCCACAGACGGCAUGUCUGGAAUGAAGCUGAAGGGCCCACGAGAGGACAAGCAACUGCCCGCUCAUGCAUGCGCAUACUGUGGAAUUCAUUCCCCAAGCUGCGUUGUCAAGUGUCUGAGUUGCAACAAGUGGUUCUGUAGCGCUCGUGGCAACGGAACCUCGACCCACAUCGUCAACCAUCUCGUUCGAGCCCGUCACAAAGAGGUUCAGCUUCACCCUGAAUCCGCCCUCGGAGACACGGUGCUAGAAUGCUACAACUGCGGAACAAAGAACGCAUUCUUGUUGGGGUUUAUCCCGGCAAAGUCGGAUACUGUGGUGGUACUUCUCUGUCGGCAACCAUGCGCCUCUGCCUCGUCGAACAAGGAUAUGAACUGGGAUACGUCGCGAUGGGAACCUCUGAUUGCUGAGCGAGCCUUCUUGCCAUGGCUUGUGUCUACUCCAUCCGAUGCUGAACAGCUCCGAGCCCGUCAUCUGUCACCUAACAUGAUUGCCAAGCUGGAGGAGAUGUGGAAAGUCGAACCAAACGCCACGGUUGUGGAUCUCGAAAAGUCCUCGAACAUUGACGACGAUCCAUCCCCAGUCGUUCUUGAAUACGAAGAUCCUUUCCACUACCAGAACAUCUUCGGGCCACUGGUCAAAAUGGAGUCCGACUACGACAAGAAAUUGAAGGAAGCCCAGUCUGAGGAUGGCCUGAUUAUUCGAUGGGAUUUGGGUCUCAACCAGAAGCACAUUGCCAGCUUCAAUCUUCAUAAGAUUGAAUCCGGCGAUGUUAAGCUCGCGGUUGGUGAUGAGAUGCGACUACGAUACAAUGGCGAACUCGGGCCAGCCUGGGAAGGUGUGGGAUAUGUCAUCAAGAUCCCCAACAAUCAGUCAGACGAAGUGUCCCUGGAGCUGCGAAAAUCUGGCAAUGAAAAGUCAGUCCCAACUGAGCUUUCUCACAACUUCUCGGCCGAUUACGUUUGGAAAGCAACUUCGUACGACAGAAUGCAACUCGCAAUGAAAACCUUCGCGGUCGAUGACAUGAGUGUCUCGGGAUACAUUUUCCAUUAUCUCCUUGGUCAUGAAGUCUCCCACCAGCCGAUGAAAAUCAACAUGCCUAAGAAGUGGUCGGCUCCCGGACUGCCUGAUUUGAAUAACAGCCAAGUUGAGGCCAUCAAGGCGUCUCUACAGAGACCUCUCAGUCUCAUCCAGGGACCUCCCGGAACUGGCAAGACCGUCACAUCAGCCACCAUCAUUUACCAUCUGGCCAAGACGACUGGAAACCAAGUUCUUGUCUGUGCCCCAUCUAACGUGGCCGUCGACCAGCUUUGCGAGCGAAUUCACCGAACUGGCCUCAAGGUUGUGCGACUCACGGCCAAGUCACGCGAGGAUGUAGAGUCUUCCGUCACCUUCCUCUCACUGCAUGAACAAGUUCGUAUGGCAGGCACAAACAACGAGUUGGUGAAGCUCUCACAACUCAAGAAUGAGCUCGGCGAGCUGUCCCUGCAGGAUGAGAAGAAGUUCAAGCAGCUUACCAAGGUUGCUGAGCGCGAGAUUCUGCAAAAUGCCGAUGUCGUUUGCUGCACAUGUGUCGGUGCAGGCGACCCUCGUCUGUCCAAGAUGAAGUUCAGAAAUGUGCUCAUCGAUGAGUCGACGCAGUCCGCCGAACCUGAGUGCAUGAUUCCUCUGGUUCUUGGUUGCAAACAAGUCGUUCUUGUUGGGGAUCACCAGCAGCUUGGUCCUGUCAUCAUGAACAAGAAAGCAGCCAAGGCUGGUCUAAACCAAUCCCUAUUUGAGCGACUUAUCCGUCUCAAAACCCAGCCAACCAUGUUGAAGAUGCAAUACCGAAUGCACCCAUGCUUGUCCGAGUUCCCCUCCAACAUGUUCUACAAUGGAAAUCUCCAGAACGGAGUAAACGCCGAGGGCCGUAUCCGAAAGGAUGUAGACUUCCCAUGGCCUCUACCCGAGAUGCCGAUGAUGUUCUGGUCGAACCUGGGACACGAAGAAAUCUCCGCCUCCGGAACAUCCUACCUCAACCGUACCGAAGCUUCCAACGUGGAGAAGGCCAUCACUCGCUUCUUCAAGGCUGGCGUAAAGGCGGCAGACAUUGGUGUCAUCACGCCAUACGAAGGGCAGCGAAGCUUCAUUGUAACAACAAUGCAAAACUCGGGCACAUAUAACAAGGAAAAGUACAAGGAGGUCGAAGUUGCCUCUGUGGAUGCGUUCCAGGGCAGAGAAAAGGACUUCAUUGUGCUUUCUUGCGUUCGAUCCAACGACAAUCAAGGCAUCGGUUUCUUAUCAGACCCACGCCGUCUUAACGUCGCACUCACUCGAGCCAAGUACGGCCUGGUUAUUCUUGGCAACCCCAAGGUUCUGUCUAAGCACGAGCUUUGGCACAGCCUCCUGGUUCAUUUCAAGGACAGAAAAUGUUUCGUUGAAGGGCCCUUGACCAAUCUUCAAGCCUGCCUGCUGCAGUUUGGUCGACCCAAUGUGAAAUACCGACAGAAGAACAACCACGGACAACAGUAUGGAGCCAAUUCUGCGAUGAACGGCCGUUUCUACCCUCCAUCUAAUCGUGAUGUUGAUUCUGGAUCCAUGCUCUCCUACAUCCCAGACGACGUGUCUUCGGUUCAUAGCUCUGCCUUUACUGGCGGUGCUGCCCUUGGAGGUUCUUUCCCCAGCAUGUUCUCCAACUUCAACCCAGAGCAGUGGCCUGGCCUCCCAGGUGUUGGAACAGCUGGCCGUGGCGGUAAGGCACGUGGCCGGGCAACCGAGAGCAUCGCCGGUGAGAGCGUUGCCAAUUCUGAGUACACGGACACAACCAACAGUGUCAUUGGUGGUAAAGGUGUUGGCCAGGGAGGCGUUAGCCUCGGCGCCGGCCUUCCCGAUGUGGUCAACGGCAUGCCAGCUCUUUCGUACAACCAGAGCGACCGUCUCAAACAGUACGUUGAGAGCAACGGCCGCAUGGGGCCAUCCGGCGGCUACGGGCGGCACUACGAUGACGACGAGAAGAGCGUUAGCACCGCUUUCCACAGCCAAAUCGGAGGAGGCUACGACUGA